CACAGUCAUCAGAUCUUUAGGAUGUGGGGUGAAACUAGGAGUGAUGCUAUCCUGUCAAAAUAGACUGAAAUCUCUGAGCGGUGUUUCCAGUAUGCCUUUGAAUAUAUGUUAUGGAAAAAUAAAGCAGAUCUUAAGGAAGAAAUGUGGUCCUACAUAAUAAAGUGGAUGUUUAAUCAUAAGCAGGUCUCUUGCUUUCAAGAGCUCAUCGUGAUCCACCAUGAAGAUCUCAUAGCUGUCCGGAUGAUUUCACACAAGAGGAAUUCUGCCAUCAUAUCGGACUGGAGGAAUGUUCUAGAACUCCUGCCAGGGAUUCACUUGCCUCUACAAACCUUUGAUCCAACCAUUACAUGAGCUCCCAAAUCCUACCACAGACACAGGCUGGCAUCAUCAAAGCCAAGACUCUAACCCAGCACAGGGUUGUGAAAGAGAGGUUGUCUGUUUGAGCCAGCAAAUGAUGCUUCAAAGACAUCAACUUGACAUUCAGAGAGUGUCUACCUGAAUUGAAUCCUCAGCACCAUCUCAACAACACCUGAAUGUAAAACGGUCUCACACAGGUGUUCUUAGAGUUAGUAAGAGACUGUGUGUAGGCAGGUUGGCUGAGUCUUCAUUGCCAGGCUGCUCAGAGACAGGACCGUGUUCUGGUGACAGAUCCGCCCUUGGUUUCCAUUCAUUAGAAGACCAGCAGGAACGUGGCAGGCUGGCAUGCACGAGGCCUAGCCGGCAGUAAUGCCCCACAUUGAUGGCCUCACCCUGCAAGCUGUCUCUAAUGUGUGUGCCAUCGAAUAUAGCAAACCUGCAUUCGGAUCAUAAUGGAGGAAGAAACUCUGUUACGAGAGAGACUGCAAGCUAUAACGGACAAACGACGAAUUCGAGAGGAGAUAGAAAAGAAAAGAAGAAACGCUGAAGAAGAGAAAUUUAAACUUCAGUAUUUAAAGAAGAAAACCCUGCGAGAACAAUGGCUAAUGGAUGGAUUAAAUACCCUUAGCGAAGAGGAACAAGAAUCUGCGAAAGCUCAAACUGAGGACAUCCAGCACCAGGCUGAACUUCUACAGAGCAAUAUUGACCGAAUAGAGGUGGAGAUUGGAGAUUUGGAGACACAGGAACUGGAGAUAUCCGCCAAGGAAGAGAUUAUUUUAAAGCAAUUGAAGGAGGUGGAAAAAACCACAGAAGACAUCAUAAAGGGAGCUAUAACUGAGGUUGAAGAGGUGAAUAGAUUGGAGGACGGUGGCACUGGUCAUUGUCAUCUACAGAAUCCAGAACAUUCAGAACUGAAGUCCCUAUCUGAACCGGUAACCAUGGAAACAAACGAACACUCCGGCACAGCAAACAUAAUCGAUUGUGAAAUGGAAGUCCUGGAGACUGAGUUACCUGAGAGCAAGGACACCGAAAACAAAGACCAAGUCUGCUACGAUGACGACGUAUUAGAGUCUGUUAGUGCAAAAGUAGUGGCAGAUAUUUUAUCGGGUCUGCCUUCUGUGGAGAACGAGACCGACGAGCCUGCAGAGGCUCUUGUGUUAGAGGAUACCAGAGAAGAACUUUACCGCAACGAGUCAAUUACCUCUUCAAUCUCCGACACUCCUUCGAGUGCGGAGAGUGUGUGCGAGAAUGAUGUCUUGCAUAGGAGGCAAGAUUCAACCAGGCAGGAACCAGCAGAGAACAUUGUGACCCAACUUGAAGACACUGACGUUGGAGAUAUGUUAGACCCUUUGGGUACAGAAGCACAGGAAGCCAUCUUGGAUGAUUUCGGAUGUGAUGAUCAAGACGAAACCAUUCUGGAGCACUACAUCCGAGAGGAUGUGCUAUCAGAUGUCUCAACGGAAUCUUGCCACGACCCGGAAGAACUGGACGAAUGUCUUCGGGUUGAAAUAGCCGCAGCGUCAUCAGAGAGCGAAACUGAAAUGGAGAAAUGGAGGAACAUCUUCUCAUCUUCCAUCAAUAAGGAAGAUGACGAUUCCUAUAUCGACAGCCUUGAGCUGAGCGCACAGGAACUCUUUAUUCAAAAACCUGAAGUUCGGAAUGGUGAUGAUAAUGAUGAUUCGAAGGAAUGUGAAGAGCAAGAGAUCCCUGUUGCAGAAGAAGUGCUAGAACAACCAGAAGCCGAGCCGAAUCAGCAACUACAGGAGAUAUCUUACAGCGCUACCACGCUGUUCCACGAACUGUCCAAGAUUUCCGAAGACGACGAGGAGCUUGGUCGAGCCUCGGCAACCCAGAAAAGCAAUUCCUUUGAUUCUGUCAAGUCUGAUUCCAGCAAAAAGAUGCCUAAAGAUUAUUGUGUGAUUCAAGAAAUGAAGAGCGAGAACGUCAGCACCGAACAUGUGGAUUUUAAAGUUGCCCGUCAACAGUGGUUAGAGAUAGAAGAGCAAACGAAAAACCUGACGCCCCAUCCAACCACACCAACUCCUAGAUCUGGGACCUGUCACAAUUUUAUGUACACGCCAGUCCGCAAUAUUGACAGGCCAAAGCGCGACCUCGAAAGUCUGACGCUUUUAGAAGACUACGCACAUACGCAGUUUAGUCCCUCCUCUGAAGAUUCAGGGCUAGAUGACUCCAGUUACAGGUCACCGUUCGAUGACCCAGAUACUCCGAUCGAGAUCCGCAUGACGGGUGAACGAGAAGAAAACUUGAGGCGCGACAGGGGAAUGUCGAAAUCCUAUUCCAGUGACUGUGUACAGAUGAGAGCCAGAUCUGUCAGUUUAAACCCUGGAAUACUAUGCCAGGAAGUCGAUGAGAAAAGAAAGAUGUUCGAACAUCAGGAGGACAACGGAAGAAUACCGAAAUCUCCCAGUUACAACACGCCUUCAUUCAUCAUUACCUCUUCACCAACCAAAGGCUCGCCAAAACGGGAUCUGGCUGCCAAUAGCGUCAUCAUCCUCGAACCUGAACCUCCGAGCCCACGGCACGGAAGGAUGGUGUCCUCCAAAUCUGCUGACUGGAGAUCAGAGGAUAACCCAAAUGUCAUCAUUCUGGAAACAUCGAACCUAAUAAUUCGCAGCGCAUCUGAGUUUAACUUAAAUUCUGCUUCGGAGGAAACCCAAGAGAAGAUGUUUCUCAACAACCCAUUUUUUAAGCUGCGCUCCAGGAGCACAAUAUCUCUUGUGGAUGAGGAGAUUAAAGCGGUCAAACAGAGAGAAGAGGAACUCAAACGUCAAAGAGCCAGCAUUUACUCGAAAGACCAUUUUCUGAUGUCUCCGAAUCGUUUGGAUGGAUCACUGUUUAGUAAUUCAGAUGAUGUGCCAAUUAAAUGCAAGUCAUCCCCUUCAUCCCCAAUGAAAACAUGCAGAAUGGAUCGUUCAGUUCUGUCAUGUGAUCAUCGAUUCCCUGAGACCUAUUCAGGAGAACGACGUAAAAGUGCCAUGGCUUUGCGUUGGGAGGCGGGGGAGUUCGCAAGCAAUGAUUAAAUAAUGCAGGAUGGACAUCAAUGUAGAAGAUUUUCAAUGCUCAGACUCUUGUUUGUUUAUCGUGACUGCAUACACACUUGCUACUGCUGCUUGUGUAACUUUGUUAUUGAUCCAGAAAACCUUGUAUAAGCCAAGAUGCCUAAAUGUUAUUUGAUUGUAAUGUUUUAUCUAUAUUUGUGAUUCCUCCUUGGUGAGGUGUCUUGAGAGAUUUGUAAACCACAUUUUUAGUGUUUUGUCUAAAGAGAAUGUACUGCAUAUUGUAUUUUCUUGUAAGGCAAUGUUUGUAUAUCCCUAUAUUAUAUAGAAAUUAUGAAGCAGUAUUAUAGUAUUUUAAGGAUAAACUAAUGUAAAAAUGUGUACACGAUGGAUCUAUUUUGUUAAAUAGCACAAAAUCAAUUGGGUAUUGUUUAAAGCAACAGCAUGGAGUAAUGUUUUUAAACGAUCCAAGUACGUGUACAUUAAAUGAUGGACAUUUUAACAUUUAGACUCAUUAUAUGAAGUUUAACAACGAUGAUCAAGGAGAACCAUGAACUAUUUAAUAACUUAUUAUUACUAAAAACCUGUCGCUUUGCUCCCUUCAAAAAAAUUUGUAUAUUAAUGUCACCCACAUGCAAUUGCUUAUAAAACAUGAGUAUCCUAUUGCUUGCUAAUGUUUGCAUCCAUAUGAGUCCGUCUUAUUAAAUAUUUGCUUUGCAUACCAUUUUGAAUGUUUAAAAUACAAUGCAAAAAUAAAAUGCGAAUUAAAGCAAAAUGUCUAUUUAUGCUAAAACACGGUAAGAAAAUGUCACUAAAUUGCCUUGAGUGGUUUUUGUUAAUUACUUUAAUUAUACUUGGCCUGCCAAUGUAGUUUGUCCCGCCAGCUUCAAAAUGAAAUGUUUUACAAUUCUAAUAAUAAAGAUGCAUUUAUGCCAUGUCGUAAU